CUUGCGGAGGAGUUCAUGACGGUGCCGGAGAAGUACAAGGCGGCGGCCAGGAGACACACCAAGAUGGUGGCCAGUGGAACCAUGGACGAGAUGGAGAAGAAACUGGUGGGUGUGGAGCUGGGCUCUGGCCUGGUGCCUCCGCACCUGCUCUGCCCGCUGACCAAGAAGCUGUUUGUGGAUCCGGUGAAGACGGAGUACGGCACCGUGUACGAGCGCCAGGCCAUCGAGCGGCAUCUCAGAGAGGUGCGGACGGAUCCGUUGUCAGGGAGACCCCUCAGUGGAGUGGAAAUCAGAGGGGACCGCGUCAUGAGACGCUGCGUGAUGGAGUAUCGGAGCAGACAGAUUCAGGACACCUCGAAAUAAACAUCCUUAAUGUACACAACAUACAACGCCUCGACAUAAACAUCCUUAAUGUACACAACACCUCGAAAUAAACAUCCUUAAUGUACACAACAUACAACACCUCGACAUAAACAUCCUUAAUGUACACAACAUGCAACACCUCGAAAUAAACAUCCUUAAUGUACACAACACCUCGAAAUAAACAUUCUAAUGUACACAACAUGCAACACCUCGACAUAAACAUCCUUAAUGUACACAACACCUCGACAUAAACAUCCUUAAUGUACACAACAUACAACACCUCGACAUAAACAUCCUUAAUGUACACAACAUACAACACCUCGACAUAAACAUCCUUAAUGUACACAACACCUCGACAUAAACAUUCUAAUGUACACAACAUGCAACAACAUUAACAUCUUAAAUAGAAAUAUUCAAAUAAAUAUCCUUAAUGUAAAUAUCAACAGAAACACCCUUUAGAAAAUAUCAAAAUAAAUAUAUUCAAUAUAAACAUAAAAAUAAGUUUCUGCUAGCUGACGUCCUUUAUUUUCUCUACCUAAUAUCCUUUAUUUUUGUAAGAUCAAUGCUUUUAUUUUCGUUAACUGAUAUUCUUAAUUUUCUCUAGCUGAUAUCCUUAAUUUUCACUAGCUGAUGUUGUUUAGUUGAAUUCAUCAUGACCCUGCUGAAGGCAGUGCCAAAGAACUGUUCUGAUCUCUGAUUUAAAUAUGAAUAUUUUGUUGUUUGUUAUUUUGGGAAUGUUGCCUAAAACAUUUACAAUCUAAAACCUUUACAUGUAAAGACUAACAUUCUGUAGCCAGUGUCACCUGUUUAGAAUAUGACGGUAUUCAUUGAGUGCAAAGCUAUUGCUGUAGUUAACUUGUAAAAUCUGCAUUAACAAAUGCAUUGAAUUUCCUUGGCAUUUGUGUUAUGCAUAGUUUUUGCCAUGUUCAAACAGGUAUUUGUUUUCUAUUUCAUGCUAUCAAAUGGUUGUUUUUACUUAUGAUAGCCGUAUGAAUGUAUGUGUGUUGUUGCUCUCUAAUGCAUAAUAUCAUUCAAGCCAAAACAAAAACUCUGUAGCCAAUGUGACUGUCAUUAAAAAAAA